UCACUGCUGUGCUUGUGCUUCAUUCAGAAAAAGAAAGGGGGCAGUCGAAAUAGAGUUUUUUUUGACCGUUUUCAUGAAAGCCAUUAAGAAAACUGAGCUGGUAGUAUGUACAGACAGGAAGACAACACGGCAAGCUUGAAGACGACAAAAGUUAAAUGAGCUGAAGAGACAGAAGAAAGACCUUAGACACCCUACACCUCAAGCAGGAAAUGGGAUACAUUCAUUUGUAGUAAUAGGGGAGAGAAAACUAAUGACAGCGUUGCCCAGAUCUGCUUCUGCAGCUCAUUCUCCUGCGAUGAUUUGGUUUUGUCUGUGAGACACCUGAUCUGAUUUGGCUCGAGAUCCAUAGAGCAGAACUCUAAAUACAGGAAGGAUGUGCACUGACUGACUGUAGGACAGACCAUGCUGCUGCACUAAGCCGGAGAGCGAGAGAGGGAGAGAGAGGCCCCAGAGGACCCCUGAAGUGGUGGCUGGUCGUUUGGUGCCCCUCCCACUUGUCUGGCUGGCUAGCUGCUGCCUCUUCAAUUCACCUGAUUGCUCCCUUCCCCAGACGCUAAGGCUUGCUAUGGACUGCACUUCGCCCCCUGCUGCAGCCCAGUCUAGUACACUACGUUAGUGGGUCCCCACUUUCCGUGUGGUUCCUGUCCAGAUUAAGUGAACAGAGUCCAGCUCCGAUCUGGUACCACCUACAGCCACUGCUGGGUCCUCCACCCAACCCCUCCCCACUCCCACCCUCCCCCUUUCCCCUAAAAAGAUGUCAGUGAGCCUGACAACGGACAUCCAGCAGGAGGGAGAGAGUGGGCCACUUAUUGAGCCCUGCAGUCGAGGCAAGACCUCCCCUCAACCACAGGGCACCAAAGAAGGAACUGGAGAGAGCCUGGAGCCGGACGAUAGCUCUCCACAGGAUGCACAGAAGCGGGCUCCUAACCACAGCCAUGGCAGGAAAAGGGCCAAGUCUAAUGCCAAACUGAAGCUGGUACGAAGUCUUGCAGUGUGUGAAGAGUCCUCCGGUCCGUUUUCCAAUGAUGGACCACCAGAAUCGGAUAUCAUCCAGCUUCACAUCAGCUGUCCAUCUGACAAAGAGGAGGAGAAGUCCUCGAAGGACGAGUAUGAAAAUGAAGAGGAGAAGAAGGACAAGACUCCCCGAAAGAUGCUGUCACGUGACUCCAGUCAGGAAUAUACUGACUCCACAGGCAUCGACGUUCAUGAGUUUCUGGUCAACACACUGAAAAACAAUCCCAGGGAUCGAAUGAUGCUGCUUAAACUGGAACAAGAUAUCCUGGAGUUCAUUAAUGACGACAAUAACCAGUAUAAGAAGUUUCCACAAAUGACUUCUUAUCAUCGUAUGCUGCUGCACCGUGUGGCUGCCUACUUUGGCAUGGACCAUAAUGUGGAUCAGACGGGCAAGGCUGUCAUCAUCAACAAGACGGGCAACACACGCAUCCCAGAACAAAGGUUCUCUGAACACAUCAAGGAUGAACGCAACAUGGAUUUCCAGAAGAAGUUCAUCCUUAAGAGAGAUGAUGCUAGCAUGGACAAAGAUGAUAAUCAGAUCCGCGUGCCGCUGCAGGACGGGCGGCGUAGCAAGUCCAUUGAAGAGCGAGAGGAAGAAUAUCAGCGGGUACGAGACCGGAUCUUUGCCCGAGAAGUGUCCUUUUUUUUACAGUCUUCUCAAAAUGGAUACAUCAAUGACAACAGACUUUCCACUGAGGGCUACUGCUCUAGCUCUCAAAAGAGGAGGCAGAUCUUUAGAAACCGCGAGAGCUCCAGCCGGGCAUCAAGCAGCCGUCAAAGCAGCACGGACAGUGACAUGAAGUGCCUGGAGCCAAGGCCUUGGAGCAGCACCGACUCAGACAGCUCUAACCGCACUCUCCGGCCACCCGUCACUAAGGCCAGCAGCUUCUCUGGUAUCUCCAUCCUUACCAGGGGGGAUAGCCUUGGCAGCAACAAAGGCUCGCAAGGGAGCUGCAAAGGCUCUCGCUCUGGUAAGGAUUGGAGAAAAGUGGAGAAGAAGCAUUUAGGCCUUCCCCUAGUCAGCCCUGAUGUAUGUCCUCCACCUGCAGCCUCCCAGUCCAGCCGUAGUCUGCUACCCUGCCCAUCUCAACAGCCACAGCAGCCACAGCCCCAGGCUCCACCUCAGACUGCCCUGCUGCCCACACCGCCGCAGCACCCUAUGAGCAACCACAUGAUUGCUCAGCCGGUGGCGUCUCUGCAGCCCUCUCAGCCUGUCUCCUACUCCAGCCCUUCCUGCCCCCAGGUUCUCCUGCCAGUUUCUCCUCCCCAGCAGUACACAAUGGGAGAAGAGCUGGCACCCCAGUUCACACAGAUGACACUGAGUCGGCAGGGCUCCAGUGAGAACCCCGAGCCUCCCCCUAUGUAUCAGGCUACUCCCCCAGUGCUGCCGCAGCACCCCCCACCUCAGACCAGCUACAUUAUGGCCACUACGGGUCAACCUUUGCCACCUCCGUCUGGUUAUCAGCCCACCACUGGACACCCCCAUCCUCCACCUCCACCGCCUCCUCCAUCCCAGCCUGUCAUGCAGGCCGCACCACCUCCACAAGGCUACAUGCAGCCCCCUCCACCUCAGCAGAUACAGGUUUCAUACUACCCUCCUGGUCAGUAUCCAAGCUCAGGCCAGCAGUACCGUGUGCCCCAGCCAAUGUCCCACCAGGUGUCUUACCCAACCCAACGCACACAACCCAUGCCUCAGCCAGCACAGCAGUCAGGUCUUCAGACCAUGAUGCCCAGCCAGCAGCCGAGUUACCAGGGCAUGAUGUCUGUGCAACAACCCCAAAAUCCUGGACUGCUCAAUUCACAGAGAGCAGGAAUGGGAGGACAAAUGCAGAGCAUAAUGGUUCAGUACCCACAGAUGCCUUCAUAUCAGGUACCUGUGGGUAAUGAAAAUCAGCAGGUGGUGCAGCAGCAGUACCAGCAGCAGGUCAUGGUCCCAGUCAGCCAGUCUGUCCAGGGGCCCAUGCCUGUUUACUACAGUGUUAUCACACCCACACAGCAGAAUAGCACAAGUCCAUCAGUAGGUUACCUGCAGCCCCCCAGCUCUGAGCAGUAUCAGAUAACACAGUCACCAUCCCCCUGCAACCCUCCACAGUUGCAGCAGCAAUAUUCAGGAGUACCACCUUCUGGGCCUGGGGUGAUGGUCAUGCAGCUCAGUGUACCCAAUGGACCCCAGCCUUCCCAGAAUCCCCCUCUUGUCCAGUGGAACCCAUGCAAGUACUACAGCAUAGAGCAAAGGGCAAGCAAGCCAGGCGAGCUCUACAAACCUGACAACACUCCACAGGCCAGUACUCAGCUGACGAGUCCCCUGGCCUCCCCCACUCAGUCUCCCACCCCGUCACCUUCUGGCAGCGUCAACAGUGUCUGUCCAGGCCUGGGACCAUUACCCCUCAUUUCUCAGUUUCCCCGGCCAGGAGGGCCAGCUCAAGGUGAUGGUCGCUACUCUCUUUUGGGGCAGCCCCUCCAGUAUAGUCUGUGUCCCCCACACCUCAUGCACAGUCAGUCCUCCUACAGCUCUCAUCAGGGCCAAGGAGUAAUGAAGCACGGAGCACGAGGGAAAAAACAAACACUCAAAUCUGCAUCAACAGAUCUUGGUACCACUGAUGUAGUGGUGAGUCGAGUACUCGAGGUGACAGACCUGCCGGAGGGGAUCACACGUCCAGAGGCUGAAAAGCUCUUCAACCAGCUGUCGCUGUGCGGUGCCAAGAUCCAGUGGCUGAAGGAGCCCCAAGGAGGCCGAGGAGGAGCAGGGGGCUGCGGUCCCUGUCCUGGUGCUGGGCCUUCAGGGCCAGGAGCAACAGUGGGCCCCGGAGCUAGCAUGGGAGCUGGGGGAGCGAAGGGCGACGGAAACGACCCAGCUCACCUCUACACAGUAGUGGCAGUGUUCCCCAACACCAUGGCUGCCCAGAGUGCUUCCUUCAAACUUAACAACAGUGGGGCCAGCCUCUUCAAACUGAGGGCCGCCAAAAAGAACUAUGACCUACGCGUGCUGGAGAGAGCCAGUUCUCAGUGAGAGGAAAAGAGAGGGGGAGGAACGAAGGUGAAAGACAGACAGAGAGAGAGAGACACUUGGUGGAGUGGUGGAAAAGGGAGGAGGACUGAGGGGGACUGCUCUUAGUGUACAAUUCAAAAAUGAAUUAAAAAAAAAAACUUGAUUUAAAUGAUGUGUCAAAUGUAUAAAAGGGAAGAGGGUGUGAAUCAUGAGGUGGCUGGUGUUUGGUUGCAAAUAUGAUUUUGUUUGUUUUUAUUCAUUGUUUUUCUUUUGUAUUUAUAUCGCAGAAGAGCACACAAGACACGCGAGCAUGUGUUUCACUGUUGCCGUGGAAUGUGUGCUGCCAUGAUACAAAAACACACAUAACAGAAACACAAGUGCAGGCAACAGGGUCACGUAGCACAUAACAAAAACACACUGGACAGUCGACCUCAGUCAAACCUUUUCCUCCUCUUCCUCCCUCCCCUCCCUGACCCUUCCUCCUUUUUUUCUGCCAGCGCUUUCUCACCUUCCUCGACUUUCCGUCACACAGUCGUCUCUUUAUCUCACAUAUUUAUAAAUUUUCAUACGGCACAGUUGCGCACUCUCCGCUUUCCCCUGCUGCUCCCCCCUCUUGCCAUGUCUCAGACUGCCUCCUAUCUUUCUCUGCUCCUCUGUCCCUCUCAUGUAUUCUGUCACUGCUCUCUCCUCUCUUGCUUUGUUUGCCUUACUGCUGUUGUGGGUUUCUGUAUUGCGCCGUUUCUUUUUCUUUUCUUUUUUUCUCAGAAGUUUUUCUUUGUUUGUUUUUUGGGGUUCAAUAUAUUUAUAUAAGUGAUGUAAGGAAUAAAAGAAAUCUAUAUAUUCGGUGAAUUUUUUUUCUUUUCCUCCCCCCCCGAGUGACAAAGGUUAGGCCUUCCUCCUUUAUCCCUUUAUUCCUUCCCUCUUCAUCCCCGCUCCUCUUCCCAUCUUUUUUUUUUCCUUACUGCCCUCUACCUCACUUCUUCUGCCCCUCUCCUCUCUCCCACAGUCGCCCCACAUGCCCCAGCUCCACCCCCCAGACGCCCCAUUGUGUUUGCGUUUUUUCGUUGACAGCUGUGCAGAACGUAUCAGAAGAAGUAGUAAAAGUGCACAAUGAUUGCAUAUGUCUACUGUAAAUUUUAUUUAAUCUGUUAUUUUUUUUGUUUGUUUUUAAAAAUAUAAAAGUCGAGAAAAAAAAUC